CCAAAAUAUAACCGCAACUUUCGGAUAAUGAUGAAGUGACCGCUCUCUCUCUCUCUCUCUCAUGGAGCUGGGUCUGGCUGUUCACCUCUCUGCACCUCUCCCUUCUUCAUCUCGAGAAACCCUAACCGCCAUCUCACCUCCCUCUUCAUCCCGCUUCCUCUCCUUCUCCUCUUCUCGCUCCUCCAGGUUCCAGUUUCGCCCUUCUCUCUCGCAAUCCAGGGCCAGAGUCCUUGCCAAUGCCAGAAACCCAGUAGAACAAGAGGAAGAAGAUGAGGAAGAGGAGGAUGAAGAUUUUGCCUCUUCUUCAUCUUCGUUCCUCUCUCUCAAUGAGAAGCCGGACAGGAGCCUGGCCUUGCUUGAUGAGUACGAGAUGGAGGAGCUCGACUCCCAGAGUUAUACUGACCCAAAUCAUCGAAGUGGAUAUGUUGCUGUUUUGGGCAAGCCUAAUGUUGGAAAGAGCACUCUUUCAAACCAAAUGAUAGGUCAAAAGCUCUCAAUUGUUACCGACAAGCCUCAGACUACACGCCAUCGGAUCCUUGGCAUAUGUUCAGAGCCUGAGUAUCAGAUAAUACUAUUUGACACGCCUGGUAUCAUUGAAAAGAAAAUGCACAAACUGGACUCUAUGAUGAUGAAAAAUGUUCGAAGUGCUGGUAUUAAUGCAGAUUGUGUACUUGUUGUCGUUGAUGCUUCUAAGAUGCCUCAAAAGAUUGAUGAGGUUCUUGAAGAAGGUGUGGGAGAUCUCAAGGACAAGGUUCCUGUUCUAUUAGUGUUGAACAAGAAGGAUCUAAUUAAGCCAGGGGAAAUUGCUAAGCGCCUAGAGUGGUAUGAGAAAUUCACAGAAGUUGAUGAGGUCAUACCUGUAAGUGCCAAGUAUGGUCAAGGAGUGGAUGAUGUCAAAGAUUGGAUUUUAUCGAAACUUCCCUUUGGACCUGCUUAUUACCCUAAGGACAUAACUAGUGAACAUCCAGAAAGAUUCUUUGUAGCUGAAAUUGUAAGGGAGAAAAUCUUUAUGCAAUACAGGAAAGAAAUCCCCUAUGUAUGCCAGGUCAAUGUUAUCAACUACAUUAGCAGGCCUACCUCAAAAGAUUUUAUUCAAGUUGAAAUUGUUGUCGAAAAGAACUCACAAAAGAUUAUUCUCAUUGGCAAGGAUGGAAAGGCCCUGAAAGUAUUGGCAACUGCUGCAAGGCUCGACAUUGAAGAUUUUCUGCAGAAAAAGGUCUACCUUGAGGUAGAAGUGAAAGUGAAAGAAAACUGGCGGCAGGACGAAGGCCUUUUGAAGCACUAUGGUUACAGUGGUCAAAUUCGAGCUAUCUUUUGAAAUCCAUCUGUUCAUGUACUGACACAUUAAUCUCAUCAAUUGUAGCAGUAUGAAAUGUCGUUUUGAUUUCAUUUAUUAGAACAGCUUGUAGAAAAUUUCGAAUGUUUCUGGAGAGCAAAUUCUAUGGAGUUCAUGCAGUCAGCAAUGUUGGCUUUGUUUGGACGAUAGUUGUCGAGCUAGAUUGCUGGAGCGAGAGCUCACAUGUAUUUUUUUAUUGUUAUAGAAAAACAUGUGAAUUAUAGAUGAGUAAUAUUUAUAGCAAAGUGAGGUUUGAAUCCUCAGAAUUUAAAGUUGAA